UCCGUGAUUGAACAGGACGCUGCGUGGACGCUUUCGUGGAGAAUCUCGGAAUUUGCACGAUCACCAGGGCCGAGAUCAAGGCGGGAAUUCGUGGCCUGCAGGUGGCUUGGAGGAAAGGCUAUCGCAAAGUCCACAUUCAAUUGGAUUCUACCACUGCAGUCAAUAUCCUCUCCUCCCAAAAUCAGACCGAGCACAGGUACUUCAACCUGGUCCAACAAUUCAAGGGACUAG